CGUGUCUUCACUGCUCCAGUAGGUAUUUUUCGUUUACUCACUUAGUCCAUACUACACUGCUUUUAUCAGCCACACAGUUUAGGGUCCUAAGACAAGCUGAGAGUCCAGCUGCGCGCACAGUUCCUUACCCUUGCAAGACCAACAAACCUUCUCCAUCUACCACAGAAACAACAUUUACUAGUUUAAUGUUUCUUACACUUCGGAGGUGGUUCUCUAGAAGUUGGGGUGGAGUGGGCAUGAAUCCUGCUCGCAACCGGCGCUAGGAGGAACACCUGGUUCCUGCCUACAGCUUAACAUAUCGGGACGUAUCGCUUUGGGUAGACCUGUGCGCACGUUGGUAACUGGGCGUGGAGCUUGGACCUCAACGUCGCGUGUACUACACGAAAGAAAGCGGAGGCUAAGCUAGCAGCAAGCAUUUGAGGACUUACGGAUCACCGCAAAGCUUAGUCUGCGGGCUUCUGACUGCGUUAGUGAGGUGCCGCUCUAGCCAUGUGCUUUCAGAUAGGUGGCUAUCGAACUGGAGACCCACCAAUUUAGGUUAUGCCAGUUCAUUUCGCUACUGGGCCUUCUCCAUCUGGAGAUGGGGAGGCUCAGGGUUCAGUCUGGGGCAACUUGAGAAGCAUUCUUGGGCAGCCUUCGUUCGCAGAACAGCCGACCCUAAAUCCGCAGCAACAGGAUAGCGGUCAACCUCGACCUGUAACACCGAAAAAGCCGAUCAGCUUCUUAAGUGCCAAGCCGAAGGGAGAUGAGAUUUUACGACUUGGGCCUGCACCAGAGGACGCAGCGCAAGCUCCCGCAGCUACGGACUGGAAGACGUUUGUUGCAGGGUGGCUAGCGGAUGAGGGGGAGGUGCCUGCAGCUGUUGACGGCCCCAGCGGGCGCGUUACGCUUGGUGUGAACAGCGCUUUGGCGGAGCUUGCCGGGGGAGCUCCUGCUCAAGCCCCUUUGCAAGCGCAUGAGGGGAGCGCUCCCGCACCCGAAGCACCCAAGCCAGCGGCGCGGCCAAGGACGGCUAUUCGCGGCUUGUCAGCGGCCCCCAAACCACGCGCCAAGUCUGCAUGGAGGCGCCCUGGUGCAGCGCCUGCUGCGAAGCCGGUGUCAGCGAAGCCGGGCAAGGCGGACGCGGCUCCUGCCACUCCAGGGGAAGAAGGGGAUGACGGGACCCUCGAAACGGGUGUCGUCAAAAAGAAGGCGGCUAAGAAGAAGAAGGAGCGAGACCGCAAGAACCCCUUCAUCAUGCCCAAUCUUAACACCUUUUCCUUUGAAAACCUGGUGCACAACAUUGUGUGGCGGGUUGGGCGGAACUUUGGAUUCCAGGCGUUCAACAUCAACCCGCGAACCAAGAACCGGGGGCCCAAGGCGGAAUGGACGCCCGCUACCAUCUUUGUAGCCAGCGACCACCUGGUCCAGGUGCUGAUUAAGAACUACUUCAUGCGACGUGACAAGGGCGACGACGAGCGGCAGGAGGAGCGGUUCGCGAAGGCGGUGUUUGAGCUGCACACCAUGAUCUUCUACGCCUACGAGGAGUACUGGACGCACAUGCACGGCCUGUCCAUCCGGCCCAUGGCCAUGCAGGAAAUCCUCAACAACACCGGCUUCUGCGACGAAGCCGUUGUGUGCGGCAUGCUGACGGAGCUGGCCCUCUUCUACCUAAUCUACACGGAGGCCUCGUCCAUGCGCCACACGCCGGAGCUCAUGUGGUUCAUCUACUGGUGUUUGAACCACAGCUACGUGAUGCACGACCUGUGGCACCGCCCGCCGCCCGAGAACUACCCCAGCAUCCGGGAGGUGCGCAUCGGGCUGCGCAACAAGUUCCAGGAGCUGAUCAAGGACACGCAGUACGCGCUGGGCAUCUUCCCGGACCGCUACCGGCCGGAGGACUGUGGCCGGCUGGGCCCCAUCAUGUCGCGGCUGAAGACCACGGACGUGCCCGAGGACCAGCGGAUCCUGGUGGCGGACCUGAUUGCCUUUGGCGAUGGCAACUUCUACUACGAGCGCAUUGUGACGCCCCUCUUCUACGUCAUCAGCUACGAGGUGGACCACCUGUCGAACAUGGGCGUGGACGUGGCGCACCGCCUUGGGUACGACGACAUCAACGAGAGCAUGGCGCACACGGGCAUCGUGCGGCUGUGCCUGCGCGACCUGCGCGUCCGGACGGAGCAGAUUGUGAAGGGCGAGGUCAACGACGCGUACACCAACAUGACGCAGCUGGGCUUUGCGCGCGGCCGCGCGGAGGUGAAUUACGACCCGCAGCUCGCAGCGGACUGGUGGCGCAACAACGUGUUCGUCAAGACGUACCGCGAGCGCCGUACCUGGCUGGCCUGCUUCCGCGCCUUCUUCCGCGUGUACACCACGCACUUCGUGCUGUACCACGCCAUGCAGGCGCAGGCGUUCGUCGGGUGGGAUUGGCGCUACAUCAGCAGCUGCGUGAUCACGCACGCCUUCUGCCACGCCCUCGAGCGCUUCGCCAACUGGUACAUGACGCGUAACCCGCCGGAGCCGCACCAGACAAACAUGGCGAAGACCUUCGACAGGAAGGGCCGCUUCAAGAUCACCCGGCGCGCCAACAUCCAGGACGUGUCUGCGGCGUGUGCAGCGGGCUUUGGCGAGACCAAGGCGAUCGGCAACGCGAAGACGCGCAUGCAGCCCGUGCGUGUCAUUGAGCUGGAGGGAGCCCCCUACCUGGGCAUCCUGGGCUUUGUGGAGUGGAUCAUCGUGGCCUUCUUCGUCUGUGGCUGGUACAUCCUGCAGUGGUACGACGGUCCCUUCCGGAAGUUCUGCUAUGACUACUGGCCGCUGUUCAGUGGCGCGUACUCGGGUGCCUUCUUCCUGCACUUCCUGCUCACCACGCGCGACGGCUACGUGAUUUCGCUCACGCACUCCCUCAACUUGGGCCCCAUCUUCAAGGCCAGCUCGUCGCGGCCGGACCCGGUCAACUGGCUGUGCGGCACCCUGAGCAUGAAGUACAAGCUCUUCUUCCUGGACGCGGCCUUCUGGAUCACGGCCUUUGCCAUGAAGAUUCCUUUCGACUACUACCUCAUCUGCGCGCCGUCGGUCAAGCCGCUGAAGCAAACGUUCAAGGUGAACUGGCUCGAGUGCGCCAAGAAAGACCCCUAUUACUUCCACGCCCUGCCCUGUAUCGGCGGUGACUGGGUGCUCGCAGUUGUGCGUGUAGCCCCUUUCGUCAUUAUCAUCCUGCUGGAUACCUCCCUCUUCUACUCGGUGGCCACUGCAAUCUUUGGCCUCAUUCGCGGUCUCUUCAAGCUGGACCUGGGCGUGCUGACGUCAUGGGAGGAGGUGGUGAAGGAGUUCUACAAGGCGCCGUACCGCUGGUGGUUCAAAUGCAUGUCGGAGCCGGGCAACCGCAACCAGCUGUCGCUGCUCAAGAUGAUGCUCUUUGACAAUGCCGCCGACCCUGAGACGGGUGCUAUCGUGACGGAUGGCAAGAUGUUCAAGAAGGCGGUGCUGACACCAGAGCAGAUCAUGGGCACUAAGAGGCGCACUGUUGACGUGGCGACUCUCCUGGACGACGAGGAUGACGAGACGCCGGUUGGCCAACCCUACCACGGCCCACGGGUCAGUGGCAAUGGAGCCGGCAAGGGCGCCGAGCAGGGCAAGCCGGUCAGCACUGGGUGGAAGGCGGCGCUUCAGAACUUUGGUCUGCGCGGCGACCAGGCGCAGCAGAAGGUUGCUCCAAACAAGGGCGGCCCCAUCUUGCCCACGUCAAACAACGUCAAGGCCAUGCAGAAGCAGCUCAACCAGCUGCAGCGCGUGGCGCCCAAGCUGCCCAUGACCACCAUCACGGAGCGCAUGCUGGCUGCCACAGAGCGCCCCAAGGAGGCCGGAGACGACGGCAAGCCGAAGCUGGCGUCCGUAGCGGAGAAGCUGCUUGGUAACAAGCACGCCGCCGCCGCUGCAGCGGCGCUUAAGGACAAGGCGCCCGACGAGAAGCGCAGGGAGAUCCUUGCUCGGCUGAGGAACUCGCAAAAGCGGCGCAACGGCGGUGGCGCGGACGAAGGGCCAGCUGCUGCUGGACUGCCGCAAGUCGACAACCACGCCGAGGGCGACGGCGCGGGUGCGGCACUGCUAGUCAACGCGGCUCCGACCCCGGCACAAAACCGGUGGAACCGCGCUAUGGGAGCCGUCAAGGCACGCCUCACCUCAGACGGAGAGCAGAAGAAUCCUGACGCCCGCCGUAACACGCUGACGGGGGAUGACCAGCCAGCAGCGGAGGUGCAGCCGGCCAAGCCCGAUGAAGAGGAGGCGCUGCGGCCUUUCAGCGCCGGCACGAACGCGGACAGCCGUAAGGCGCUGCGGCCCAAGCACGGUGACCCCGGCGCUGGUGAAAUCGAAAGCGUCAAGGCCGGCGCGUCACUACCCAUGCCGGUUGAGGAGAUGGAUGGGGAUGGCGACAAGCCAGCCUCUGACGGCAGUGCGGCCACCGCGUCUACCCUGCAGCGUGCGGGUUUGCUGUCAUCGCGUGCUGCCACGCCGACACUGAACGCGGCAGGUGCCCUGGGUCCCGGCUCUUUCACCGCAGCGGGCGCGAAGGGCGGCGACCAAUUCCGCUCAGACUGGGAGGCGCGUAAGGCGCGAAUGGCGGCUGACCCCAUGCUCAUGCCACAGCCAGCUCUGGAGCUUGCAGAUGGCUUAAACCCCCGUGCCGGUUCGGACACGAGCGGUGCUGGGGUCCCGCAGCCUGCUUGGCCGAGCGUGUUGUCUGCCGGGUCUGCAGCACAGCGCCAGGCCAAUGCCCGCAUGAGCGCUAAUGGCGGGCUAGGGCAGGCAGAGUCGUCGCUGCCCGGCGCAUUGGGAGAGCCGGACACGCCACAGCGGCACACAUGGACGGGUGCUCCGCUCGAGGGUGCAGCCAAUGCUGGCGCCUUUGGCUCCACCCCACCGAGGAUGUCACGGUUCGGCUCCCCUCCAGCCAAUGAGGGCGCCAACAAGGCCGGCAUGGAUGACUUGGGCUUGGACUACUUAGGCCCCGAAGCCCGGGCCAUCCUGGCCGGAAACCAGGAUGACGAUGCGGACGACCUGGCUGGGGGUUAUAAGGGCUACAACCGCAUGUUUGGCGAUGCGGCCGCGGGGGGUGCGGCGGACACGCUGGGCCGUAACGUUGGAAGCAAUACCUCCGGCGCUGCCGCCGGUGCUCAGCCAAGGGGUGGCGAAGGCGCUGGGGUCAUGCGCAUGGAGUCUCUGACGCCGGCGGAUGUCAACAACGAGAUUGAACGCCUUCUCAGCGAGACGCACCCACCUGCAGGCGCCCGCAUCUCCUCCACUCACUCCCAGCCCCCGAAGCCAGGCAGCGGCGGCUCGCGGCCUGGCCGCGGCACUGCGGGCCCUGUAGCGGAGGGCGUCGUGGAGCGCAUCAGCGGUGGCCUGGAGGCGGCAGCGGGGAACUGGGCGGCGCUGGCGCAGACUACCGUUGGGCCGGCGAGCGCUGGUGCAGGCUCUGGGCUGUGGGCGUGGCGGCGGGAGGACAGCGCGGACGAGGCUGCAAGCUGGUGGACGCGUCGUCUGGAGAAGCUGGAGUCCGGCAGGGCGGUCGCUGACUCGUCGUUGACAGCCUUCCGGGCUGACGGCGACCCGUUGUCUGUGGUGUACGAGUGGCGCAUCGAGGGUGUUAACAACGCUACGACCGUAGCCGCGGGUGAACGUAUCGGCGCUAUGGUUCUGAAGCCACGUGCUGGUGCCACCCUUGGUGCCGAGACCGCUAGCGGCGAUGUUGCCGACGCCGCGCAACUGGCCAGCGUGGCGGCGGCACGCCGUGCUGGUCCGGUAGCAGAAGCCACGGGGGACGAGGCCGCAGCCGCCCAAAUGGAUCCCUCGGACCCCUCGGUUGUGCGGCGUGCUCAUGCGGCGGGAAUUGACCCAGCGCUGCUGCGCGGUCUGUCCAACAAGAGGGGAGGAGAGGGCGCCCCGGAUGGUGCGACGACCACCGUGGUGCGCUCCGUCAGCGGCACCUCCCUGCACAGCAACUACUUCAGGGACGCCAAACACGACACGGAUGACGAGGCGGGAGGAUCGCCUCCUAGCACGUCCAGGCAAGUCACUGUGGCUGUGGGCGGCAACUUUGCUGCCCGCAGGGCGCAGGCGGCUGCCGCAGCAGCUGCGGCCGCUGAAGGCGACAGCCAGGAGGACAUGGCAGCCAAGAAGCACCACCGACGAUCUGUGGCGUUUAAUCGUGAGGAAACGUUCCACCGUGAGGAUACAAUGGAACUGGUCGAACAGGUGAUUAAUGCUAACGGCGACGUCCCUGCUGGCGGAGACCUCAAUGCUGGCGGAGCCUUCCCUGCUGUCAAUAUCAAUAUUCCAGCCCUAGCAGCGCCGGUCGUGCAGGCCGCGGACGACGCCGGCAUCAUGUCGCGCUGGCUGGCGGGGCUGACUGGCUGGAACAUGGGCUCUAACAAGGUGGCAGCAGCCAACGUUAAGGACGAGGAGGCCGGUGAUGCCGAAGGGGUGGAGGAUUUCAUAGCGAGGCAGCUGUACGGCGGCAACGCUGCUCAGGGCGGGAAUGCCGCGGGGGCGCAGCCUGACAACCAGGCUGCAGCGAACCGUGGCCGUAGUGCUCGGCCAAAGAGCUCUCUGCUCGCUGGCAUUUCAUCGCUACGCAAUGGAGUGGCGUCGCUACGCGGCGAUAAGGGCGCCAACGUCGACGGCGCCGCGGCCGAGCCGACGGCGCGGCCUCUCACGGCAGCGCAGGGGCGGCCCAUUACCGCGUUGCCCCGCAGUGUGCAAACGCGCACGCAGGCAACAUACUCUAUGGCAGCUCCCUCCAACGGUGCACCUCGUCCCAAGACGGCGUUGCGCCCUACCACAGCGCUGCGGCCCACCACAGGGCGGCCCAUGACUGCGCUGUUGGGUCACGACCCCGCCAAGGAGGCGAAGCGCAGGGAGAAGAAGGAGCGCGAGGAGGCUAUUGAGCGCGCAGCAGGUGCGCUCGGCCGCGCCAACUCGUUCAUCAUCCUGGAUGGUGCCGACCCUGAGGAGGACGAGGACGUGGACGAGGUGCACGCACAGAUGAUGAUGUGGAACGCCUUUGCGUUUGCUUGGGACGAGAUCAUUGACGACUUGCGCGCUACGGACUUGGUGAGCGACAAGGAGGUCUCCUUCCUCAAGUUCGUGCGUCUGGACAUGGGCAGUCGCGGCCACGGCCUGCGCCCCAUCCUGCUUCCCACGUUCUUCUACGCCGGCCAAGUGCGCAAGGUGGUGGACACCGGCCAGGUCUCUACCGCGCAGGUCAUGGUUCUGAACGAGCUGCGGGUGCUGGUGGUGUGGCUGGGCUGUCAGGUGGGGCUGCUGUCGGGCAAGCACGCGCACGUCAUCACGUUGGCGCCCUUCCACCGCGGCAACAUCAACGUCAAGCACGCGCUGCUGCGCAAGAAGAUGCUCACCCACGGGCUCAAGUUGGUGGACCAGCUGGAGCAGAUCGCCGAGCGCAAGGAGAUUCCAUUCGACAUGAAGGACAUUGCGGAUAACCUGUAUCAGCUUUGGGUGGCCCUGGAGGGCGAGUGCUUCGCUAUCCACAAGGCCGCGGAGGCGAAUCGUGCGACACCAGAGGAUGUUGAGCUGGCCUCCAUGCUGUUCGAGGUGGUGACGGACAUGAAGCAUGUCAUCUCCUCCGACCCGGAGGGCCUCAAGGGCAUCAUGAAGGUCGCGCUGCUCAACAACGCCACUGCCGACUACAAGGAGCUCCUGCGCGUCAUCCGCGUCAUCAAGCGCAUGCUGGUCACCACGGAGGCCGAGGCCACGCCGCAGUCGGAGGAGGCGCAGCGCAUCCUGAGCUUCUUCAUCAACAGCUUGGGCCACCCCUCGCUGGACAAGCCGCCCUCCAUCGACAAGAUGCUCAGCUGGUCCAUCAUCACGCCGCUGUACGAGGAGGAUGUGCUGUACGUGCUGGAUCACAAGCAGCUGUCCAAGGACCUGAACUGCAAGCUGAAGAAGGUGCUGGACCUGCUGUCCGAGUCGGACGACUCCAUCAGCCUCAUGAACUACUUGAAGGCCAUGUUCCCCUCCGAGUGGUCCAAUUUCAAGGAGCGCGUCAAGACGCUCAGCCCCGAUAUCAAGGACCUCACGGAGCACGACUUUGCGCCCGGUGGCGAGCUGUACGAGCACCGGCUGGAGCUGCAGCUGUGGGCCUCCCUGCGUGGCCAGCUGCUGGCGCGCACGGUGCACGGCAUGAUGCUCAACGAGUCGGCGCUGCGGGUGCUGGCCAGGCUGGAGCACCCCAUGCCGCCCAACAUGCCCGAGCUGGACUACACGCGCUACAUUGAGCAGCUCGUCACUCCCAAGUUCGAGUACGUGGUGACGUCGCAGACGUACGGCAGAAACCGCACGUCUAAGGACCUGCGUCUGCGCUGGCUGGCGUCGUCGCUGGACAUCCUCAUGAAGAAGUACCCGCGGCUCAAGGUCGCGUUCAUCGACUCUGCGGAGACGGACAAGGGGCCCACGCAGUUCUCCGUGAUGGCUCGCGCGCUGGACCCCAGCGACCCCCAGCAGCCCGCCUGGCACGCAUCCAUGGGCAUCAAGGAGGAUGAGAAUGGGAUUGUGGAGUACUACCGCGUGCGCCUGCCGCAAAACAAGUACAGCGGACGUGGAGUGGUGGUCGGUGAGGGCAAGCCUGAGAACCAGAACCACGCCGUCAUCUUCGCCUUUGGGGAAGGUCUGCAGGCCAUCGACAUGAACCAGGACCACGUGUUCGCCGAGUGCCUGAAGAACCGCAACCUGCUGACGGAGCUGCUGCCCUCCACCAAGGGCAGCUUCCACCUGUUUGCGGACGACGACGAGGAGGUCCAGAUCACCCGCAGCACCAUUGCGUCUGAGCUGCUCUUCGUGAUGCGCGCGCGCCAGGUCAACUGCACAUUCACGGCCCUUGUGGGCUUCCGUGAGUGGAUUUUCAGCGAGAAGGCGGGUGCGCUGGGUCGCUUCGCCGCCGCCACCGAGUACGCGUUCGGCACCAUCACGCAGCGCACGCUGACGCACCCCGGGCGCAUCCGCCUGCAUUACGGGCACCCCGAUAUCUUCAACAAGAUGUGGGCGCUCACCCGGGGCGGCAUGAGCAAGGCCACUCGCCAGCUGCACAUCGCCGAGGAUGCGUUCAGUGGCUGCAAUCACACGCUGCGUGGCGGCCGCAUUCGCUACAAGGAGUACAUCAGCUGCGGAAAGGGUCGUGAUAUGGGUUUCGACUCCAUCAACGGCUUCAACUUCAAGAUUGCUGGUGGUGGCGGCGAGUGGGCUAUCAGCCGCGAGUCGGCUCGCAUGGGUACCCGCUUGGACUUCUUCCGCCUGCUCAUGUUCUACCACUCCGCCAUCGGCUUUUACCUCAACUCCUACCUCACGUCGCAGUCUGCCUUCUGGAACAUCUAUGCGCUGCUGGUGUUCAACAUGGCCAAGUCCGAGCACAGCAGCGACCUGCUGGAGAGCAUCUACAACGUGCAGCAGGUCCUGCAGCUGGGUACGCUGGCCAUGAUUCCGUACAUCGGCCAGCUGAUCCUGGAGACUGGCGUGGUGAAGACGUUCAUCCUGAUUUUCCAGCAGAUCUCCACCGGCUCGCUGCUCUUCUACAUGUUCCAGCAGCAAACUGUGGCGACGGGCUUCUUCAACGACAUGAUGUACGGCAACGCCAAGUACGUCGGUACGGGUCGUGGCUUCAACCUCACCUCGCUGGGCUUCGUCAAGAUCUACAACCUGUACGGCCGCUCCCACUUGUACUACGCCUUCGAGUUGCUCUUUAUGCUGACCUCCAUCUACUUCUUAAAGGGCUGCAAGGUGUGCGACUACGGUUCGCUCACGUGGUCGGGCUGGCUGCUGGCGUUUUCCCUCAUCUUCUCGCCGCUGUGGUUCAACCCGUUCUCCUUCGACAUCGCCAAGGUGCAGGCCAACUACCUGGCCUGGCAGCGGUGGAUGCACGGUGACGUGGACCCGAACACCGGCAACAACUGGUACACCUUCAACAGCGGCAACCUGGAGAACCUCCGCAACGACAAGGGCAACAACACCGACCAAACGAUCAACGUCGUCAACACCUUCGUCUCGUGCCUGCCGUACGUCCUGCUGGCGGUGUGCGCCGGCUCGCGGCUGGACAUCAUCAUGCCGGCUGCCGUACGCGCCAGCCCGAUCUUCAAGAGCCAGGUCACGGUAUUCCUCAUGGCAACCCUGUCCAUCUGGGUCUUCGUGUACGUGACCAUCCAGAUCAAGAUCUACUUCACGGAGCUGGCCGACCACAAGCCCUACCGCAUCUACCGCUACAUCAUGACGCUGUUGAUGGUGGUGUUCCUGAUCGUGUGGCUGGCGGUGGUGUCGCGCUGGUACGACGGCAACGGCUUCACCACGCUGGUGGUCAUCCUGUACGCCAACUUCCAGCUGCUCAUCGCGUUCCACAAGUUCGUGACGGUGGCCUACAGCCAGAACAACACGAUGCGCGCCUUUGUGGACUCGUUCCACUACACCCUGGACCAGAUCAUCGGCUACAUCCUCUUCACCUGCAUCGGCUUCAUGUCCUUUAUCGGAGUCGUGGGAGCGCUGCAGAUGAAGGUGCUCUUCAACGAUGCCUUCGCGCAGGUCGCCGCGCACGCGCGGAUUGCGCGCGCAAUGAAGGACAACAAGGUUGGCUUUGACAUCCGCAGCGGUGCCAAGCCGAAGGCUGCCGGCGAUGCUGCCAAGAAGGCCGAUGCAGCUGCUAAGGCGGAUGCCCCCAAGGGCGACGGGGCUAAGGGAGAUGCCGCCAAGGGCGACGCUGAUGCCGCCAAGCCUGGGGCACCGGUGCCAUCGGAUAACAAGAAGGCAUGAGGAAUGGCUGCUGGCAACGAGAACGGCGGUUGCAGAAGGCCGUAAACACCCUUGCUUCACGCAGGCAGCUGGCCGCUGUCACCCAGCGGCGGACGCAGUACACCCUGCAUGAUGCAGAAGUCAGUGGGACCCGUGUUGCGACGUUUCGCAGCAAAGCUGUCGUGCUAGGCAGGGCCCUGUUAUUUAUAGUGAUUAGCAUGCUUACUAGUGAUCGCAAGAUUUUGGUGGGUUGUAUGUGAGGUAUGGGGCCUCAUGCACUGGCGUGAUCUCACAUGCUUUAUAAGUGCGUGUGAUCUGGAUACCACCGAACAUUCCGUAAGUGACCCCUCUUUAACCUUUGUAAGGGGUGGUAGUGUAGUUAUGCAGCGGGAUGCGAAAUUGGCUUAUGCGUGGUUUAUGUUGGUCAGGAGGAAGGGAACGUGCUAUUGGUCGGGAACAAUUGUUGGGGAGCACCCCGUAACGCUAUUGCGACUCUCUGUAGGAUUGAGAGCAGACGCGAUCGUUGGUGUUAGCACUGCGGACUAGAUGGGCAUGGUACAUAGUUUGCUUGUAAUCACGGUGUUCCGCAAUUGCAAUAGCAUACCGUGCGGUGUGAGGGGUGUAUGUG